AAGCAUUAGAAACCUGGGAGCUCUAGAGGGCGGCAUCCCAUUAGACGUAGGCAAAGUAAAGACAGUGUACUCAUAACCAUGUCCCAGGAGGAUUGUGUUUCUUCUACUACCGAUAACCGACUAAUGACAGUAGAUGCUACAAAACCUAGUCAGACCUGCAACCGCCGCUACAGUGAGGUGAUGCAGGAGUACUUGAAGAGGAAGCGACAGAGAGACGGCAAGAUCGACGACGACACCAAUAUCAAACCGUCAGAGGUUCUGAUUCGCCAGGCUGACCACACUGGACCCGAUGGGUAUUCCUAUGUCAGAUGGGAAAAUCUUGACAACCUAGGGGUGCUGAACGUAAACGCACAAGUUCCAGUCAUGGAAGACUGUCAUGACGAGGACAAAUACUGCUCGCCGGGUCUGUCUCCUUACUCCCCGGUUACACCCGAGUCUGGUGCAGACUCCUUCAAUACAGCUAAGAGUCACUUGUCAAAAUCCUCCAGUUCACUCCCCACAAAGACCCACGUUUCUCCAGACGGUUCGUCUCCAGAACUCGUUGAACGAUACUUCUUGCCCCAUAACAAUAUGACUUCAGUUGGCCUUGACACCUUCCGACCUGGGGACUUCCACGCACCUGGAGGUUUAAAGGCUCCUGUCAUUAAUGUGUACUCGUCUGGUGGCUCUCCAAAAAUGGGUCAUACCAAGGAUGACUGCGGCGAGAGUGAAAGUAGGUCUUUGACAGUGCAGCCUUGUGAGUCUGCCUCAAGAACGUACGUCAUCAACGAUAAAUGUAAAACAUUCGGAGGAGAAAGAACCUCCGUACCUUUUUGGGAGGAGAGUGUGCAGAGUGAUGCGAGUCUAAUGCGUGAGAUUGCCCAAGAAUCCAACGAAGGACUACUCAGCCCCAUCACCCUGGACUUCGACCAGGACUCCUUCUCCUCAGAGCUGUGCCAUUGCUAUCCUCCCGAGGAGAAGGGCGUCUCCACCUACACUCUGAGACACACACCGCUACAGUCCAUCGGGAAAGAUGGGAGCCCAACCUUCACGUCGCAGCCUUCAAAACGACAAGUCAACAAUGAACCUAUGUCCCAAGCCACCGUCACUGCCAGGUUCCAAAAACUGAAACGAUUGCACCGGUGUGGAUGGAGUUUGAUUGUUGUGGGAGUUGUCAUUAUCUUCAUCGCUGUUUUGGUCUAUUUCAUCUUGGAGUAACAAUAGAAACAGUGACCCCUGCUCGUAAGUGAGAUAGCCUGGGAAGCAUGCAGUGACGCCUUGCAUGCGAGUGACAUGAGUCUGGGAAGACUUAAGUGACGCCAGAGAGACUUGUAUUCUCGCCUCUCUUACAACUAUUGUAAAGCAUUUCCGCUCUUAUAUAAUAACUAAUGUAAUUAAUAUAUACAGUAAGCCAUACA